UGUGGCAAAUCUAUCAUCUCCACAAACAGACAGACCGGCUGUAUCGAGUGAUUCUCAACUGAGCGGUUGAUAAAUCUUUGUUUUGUUUCUGAUGGGCCAUGGAGGUCUAUCCAUAUCUCUUCUUCUUUCUUCUUAGCAGCAUCAAGCUUGCCUCAUAAAUAGGUUUAUUCGAUCUUUGCUUUCUUUCUUAGAUAAUAAACACUGAUUAUUAAUUGAUGGCUUUAUAUUUAGUUAUUCAUUGGUGUUAAUUAUUAUCAUUAGAAAAUUACCUUUAUCCACAAACAAAACUUUACCACAUGGGAUUGGGAUUAACUAGCGAAAGAUUAUCAUUAUUACUAUUAUGGAGCAACUGCUGGAAGAAUCCAUUAAUAAUAGGUACUCGUGUUGGGUUAGAGAAGCUCUUGAUGAACUGCCUCAGAGUUUCGCUAUAACCGAUCCCGAAAUUCCAGGUCACCCCAUUGUUUUCGCUUCAACUCAGUUGUUGAAAAUGUUUGGUUAUUCAAGACAUGAAGUUAUUGGUAGGAACAUUAGUUUGUUUCAAGGGGUUGCUACUAACAGGACAUCACUUUUGGAUAUCAGACACGCCGUUAGAGACGAGACCAAUAUUCUAAUUCCUAGUUUGUUAAACUAUCAUAAGAAUGGGACACCCUUUUGGAUUUUAUUUCGUAUGUUUCCUGUUUUCGGUGUGCAAGACGGAAAACUCGUCCACUUUGUUGCUCUUCAAGUCCCAAUUUUCCCUCCUCGCUCAACUACCCUUCUUGGUUUUUGUAGGAGGGAGGUAAUUUGUUCUGAUACCGUCCCAACCCGCAUUUCCAAUUUAUCACCCGACGACGGCAAUAAUACAGAAUUGACUGACACUACAUGCAAGGCAAGUGAGUUGGAAAAAUGUGGAGCCGACAGUGCUAUGACCAGUAUCCUUUCUCUGUUGACACACUACAGCCAAUUAACGGGUAGAUUGGUUUCUGGUCAAAGAUGCUGCUCAAGUUACAUGAACCGUGUUGGUGUAUCUUUGAAUAUAUCUCUUGGUAGAAUUAAACAAAGCUUUGUCUUGGUGGAUCCACAUAAAACUGAUAACCCGAUUGUGUAUGCCAGUGACGCGUUCCUAGAUUUGACAGGAUACACUAGACAUGAAGUAUUGGGGAGAAAUUGUAGAUUUUUAAGCGGGCAGGAAACUGAUGUCUCAAUUCAAUCACAGAUCACAAAUAGUAUUCAAACUGGAAAAAGCUGCACCGCGUGCAUCCUAAGUUACAGAAAAGAUGGGAGUUCAUUUUGGAAUGCUUUGCACAUGUCACCUGUCCGGAAUGCUUCUGGCAAUAUAGCAUACAUUGUUGAGGUUCAUAUGGAAGUGACGCAUGACAUUCAGAAUCUAAGUGUGGAGAUCAUGCAACUCAGUGUGGUGGGUGCUGUAAAAAUUGCAGUAAGGAGUUCGGGUAUGAUUGCCAGCACUUCUGAUUAAUGUGUCCGGUUUAUGUCCUUCGUGCAUUAACUAGGUAUGCUGCUAAAUUUGUGAUGAUCGUGUGCUUGACCAUGAGUUGGUAUGCUUGGUAGAGGUGGGUCUAGGCUGUGGUGGCAAGGGAAGUUAGUGGGAGGUAGAUGCAACGAAUGAGUGAACGAUUUCUGAUAAUAUUUUAUUUGUGGGCAAAAGUAUCAUUUAGAUUGUCUACUCUUUAUACAACGAAAGUAUAGUAAAGUUUUUUAGCCUUGGCUUGAUUGUGUAUUUUAAAUUAUUAAGGACAAUUGUGUA